UACGCGAAAUGCACAAGAAAGUAAAUCUAGUUUUACAUAAUACGAAACGUAUGAAAAAUUCGUAGCACACUGAGACACUUUCACUCUUAUAUUUACAAAUAUAUUACACGGACAUUGGUCACUAAACUCACCCACCUGUCUAUAAAUUAAUGUGCAGUAUUUUAAAUAUACUCAGUGUAUUGGGAAUACUCAUUGUGAAUUGUGGUGCUUCAAAGGAUAUAAUAGUAAUAUGAACUAUUCACCGGUGAUAGUUUUGACACUUAGUUUGAUACUUAGUUGUCAAUGUCAACGACAAUAUCAACAACAAAGUCCGGAGUAUUCUCAAGAAAAUGCAUACAACCUCCAAAAUACUCCGCCUCCACCUCAAAUAUUAUCCCAUAAACAGGCUCUUAACCAUGACGGAAACUUCAAAUAUGUAUUUACGUCAGAUAAUGGAUUAGCCCAAGGUGAAAGCAUAUCUCCAGAUGGAUCCAGAAACGGAGGAUACAGUUAUAUUGAUCCAAAUGGUAAAAAGAUAUCGGUAAAAUACACAGCGGGCAAAGAAGGUUUCCGUAUAUUAGAAGCUGACCAUUUACCAAAAGCCCCACAGCCUAUAGCACCUUUACCAGUUCAACAGCCUGCGUAUCAACCUCAAUACAGUGUAAAUCAACCAGAAGAUGAUGGUCAAUACAGACCUGAAGUUUACGAACGAGCUCAACAAGAGAUUCACUCAGCUCCAUAUACCAGAUCAUCAUAUCCGGUUCCAUUAUCAGCUAAAUCGGCCCCAAGUUCUGAUGCGUUGCAAGAAAAAGAAUAUUUUGACGAACCCGGUAAACCUCACAGUUUCGGAAGCGGUUAUAUAUUCGAAUUUGGAGGAUAGACUAGAUAAAAAUCAAUAGUUCAUAAAUAAAAAAUUACUUGUAAAAUGUUUGUUCUGUGGCGAAUGUUUGAUUAAAUUUAAUUAUUUAAGAAAA